UAGGAAAAUUCGUAAAAGCGGGAACAGAAUGGCGACGAGCGACCCUUUGGAUUUCGAUGUCGGAGUAGAAGAAGACGAAGAGGGAACGCCGUCGCCUUCAUCUCCGCUGUCCUACUUCGACAGAGAUCGGCACGUUGGGUUCUUUGGAAUGUUGUACGAUUUGAUGCCCUAUCACUCCCAAUCACAGGAGAUCAAUCGGUUCACUCUUGCAUUCUUCACUAUCUCUGGCCUUCACCUUCUCAAAGUCUUAGAUCGCGUUGAUAAGGAGAGAGUUGCCAGUUGGGUUUUAUCUUUUCAAGCUCAUUCGAGAAGUCGAGCUGAAUUGAAAAAUGGACAAUUUUACGGGUUUCAUGGUUCUAGGACGUCACAGUUCCCUCCGGAUGAAAAUAGAGUUUCGUUUCAUAAUGCUGGUCACCUGGCGAGCACGUAUUGUGCCCUAGUCAUACUAAAGAUUGUUGGCUUUAAUAUAUUGACCAUAGACAAAGAAUCAAUAUUGAUAUCAACGAGGAAUCUUCAACAGCCAGCUGCUAUCUGUUUUAUGUUGGAGGAUUGGAGUGACAUUGAUAGGGAGAAAACCAAGGACUACAUCUUAAAUUGCCAGGAAAAGUUUCUUCAUGAAGCAGCCUUAGGCUAUAUAUCUUUAGUUCUUGAUUCUGUUCACUCUGAUGAUGAUACCAACAGCAUUAGUCUUAAUGAUGCACGGUGUGGUACGUAUUGUGCCAUGGCAUCUCUUCGAUUAAUGGGGUACAUUGAAGAUGACCUUCUGUCAAAAAAUGCAACUUCUUCUAUCAUAAAUGUGCCGUUAGUGCUCAACUGGUGCAUGCAGACGCAGGCAAUUGAUGGUGGAUUUCAAGGCAGAGCCAAUAAAUCUAGUGAUACAUGCUAUGCAUUUUGGGUUGGGAAAGUUUUGAGGAUCUUAGGGGGCUACAAAUUCAUUGACAAGACUGCUCUAUGCAGAUUUUUGCUGACUUGUCAGUCUGAGGUGUUCAUACUACUUGACACUUUAUCUAGAAAUCAGCAUGCAUUCGAACAACCCUCGUUUAAAUGAGGGUUUAUCAUAGUUUCUCAAAAGAUACCCUUUGCAUUUAAAUGUAAAGUAAAUAGAAUACAACCCCAUGAUCCGUGGAAGACAAUAUUAUUGAAUGUUCUCUAGAAAUGCUUUUUCAGAAAG